UUAAAAUAUGCGACACGCAUUAGAUGUCUGCUUGCGGUGCUGUUCAGUUGGGUAUGCGCCUUAGUCACGCGGCAUAUUAUUAAUUACUGCGUGUAUUUAAAAACUUUAUGUUAAAAAGUUUUUUAUUAAAAAAAAAAUAUACAGUUGAAAUUAUUUUAAUUGGCUUGUUUAAUUAAAUUCUUUAGUGUGCUUUAGUGUCGAAAAUGGCUUUGAACAAUGAACAUGCGAAGGGAUCGUUGGAUAUUGCAAUCGUAGGUGGCGGUUUGGUUGGGUCUGUCGAAGCCUUAUAUUUAGCUAAAAGAGGCCAUAAUGUACGCAUUUAUGAGUAUCGUGAAGACAUAAGAAAGACUCCUCAAGUGAGAGGAAGAUCUAUCAACUUAGCAUUGUCAGUUCGCGGAAGGAGAGCCUUGAAAGAUGUAGGUUUGGAACAACACAUUAUAGAAGAACAUGGGAUACCGAUGAAGGGAAGAAGAAUUCAUAGACUGGAUGGAUCCACGUAUGUUAUACCAUAUGAUGCUAGAAAUAAUCAGUGUAUUUAUUCAGUUGGGCGAAAUUAUUUAAAUGCUUCACUCCUAAAAGAGUCCGAUAAUUAUGAGAACGUAACCAAAUAUUUCAAUCAUAAAUUAAUUGAAGCGAAUUUGCAGAAGGGAACUUUGACAUUUUUGAAGACAGACACGAAGGAAAAUGUGGACGUGAAAGCGGAUCUAAUUAUCGGUGCAGAUGGUGCGUUCUCGGCAGUACGUAAAUCUAUGAUGAAGCAGCCUCUCUUCGAUUAUACUCAGAAGUACAUUGAACACGGCUACUUGGAGCUGUGCAUACCAGCUGAUGAGCAAGGAUCGUUUCAGAUGCCGGCAAAUUAUUUACAUAUUUGGCCUAGAGGUAACUUUAUGAUGAUUGCUCUACCCAACCAGGAUUGUUCAUGGACAGUUACAUUAUUUAUGCCUUUUACUAGUUUCAAAAGUAUAGACACCGAAGAUAAGUUGUUGGCCUUCUUUGAGAAAUACUUUCCAGACUCAAUUGCGUUAAUCGGUAGAAAGAAGUUGAUUGAAGACUUUUUCGGAGGGUCGCCCUCGCCUUUAGUUUUUGUUAAGUGCCGACCCUAUCACGUAGAAGAUAAGGCGCUCCUCAUUGGUGACGCAGCACACGCAGUGGUUCCUUUCUAUGGACAAGGCAUGAACGCUGGCUUCGAAGAUUGCACAAUACUAGACCAUCUUUUCCAGAAGUACAACGAUGAUUUAGCUAAAAUUCUGUUGGAAUUUUCGGAUACUAGAUGGAUAGACACCUUUGAGAUUUGUGAUUUGGCAUUGUAUAAUUACAUAGAGAUGCGAGACCUAGUCACUCGUCCCUCGUAUAGAAUUCGCAAAGCAUUAGAUGACUUGAUAUAUUGGUUGCUACCUGACAUUUGGGUGCCACUCUACAACUCUGUGACUUUUACCACGAUGCCGUACAGUGAAUGUGCAAAAAACAGGCAAUGGCAGAAUAAGGUUUUGAAGUACAUAUUUACAGUGUUGGGAGUAUCUACGUUAGUUGGUGUCUUCUAUGCAUUUAAAUAAUUAUUAUUUAUUUGAGUUAAUUAAACUAGAAGAAUAUUCAUCAGUAUUAAUAAGUGAGGUUAGUAUAUACAAUUCAGAAUAAAGAAAAACAACAUUUAAAGUUUUUA